AUGGACGGACUCACCUACCAGUGCCUGCGAAACCUACCGGACAAGACAACUACACGGCUCAACCAGUGCUGGGACCACAGCAUGCUACCACCAUCCUGGAAAGAGAGCGUCAUCGUGCCGAUAUUGAAGCAAGGGAAGCCCCCGGGUUUUAGACGCAACCUUUGCUGCCAGGACUCUGUGCUGGACCUGGUCUCGGACGUGGACGACGCCGCCCAACGCAAGUGCAGAACGGCAGUGGUGUUCUUCGACAUCAAGGCCGCCUUCGACAGCGUCCCCAUCAACACCGUCAUGGACUCCCUCGUCGACCCUGGAAUCGGAGGCAAGGCAGCUGCUUUCAUUCACGCUCUACUUUCCAACCGCUCUUUCAGGGUCCGACUGGGAUGGACGCUGAGCUCCCCACGCCCACAGAACCUCGGUCUACCUCAAGGCAGUAUCCUGAGCCCCCUGCUCUUCAACCUCGUCAUGGCUGGACUUCCCAAGGCCCUACCAGCAACAACACCUCCCCUGCAACUCUCCAUCUACGCGGACGACAUCUGCCUGUGGACCAACGGCAAGGACCCCUGGAAAGUGAUGAAGACCAUCCAGAAGGGCGUGGACGCUACGACCGAGUACAUCCGUGGCCUCGGACUCACCCCGUCAGCCGAAAAGACCAGGGUCAUGCUGCUUGGUUCACGGUCUUCCUGGGCGCCACUCGUCAAGGACCUCCAGACCCGAUGCAAGACAACCCUGAAUGUGACCAAGCGACUCAGCGGACGGCACUCCGGCUGCCCCCAGAGGACCCUCCUGACCAUCCACAACGCCACCACAGCCGCACGGAUGCUGUUCGGACCUCCCUACGCCAAGCCCAGCAGAUCAGCGCUGGAAUCCCUGGAACUGCUCCACCGUCGCGGACUGAAGCUGGCUCUAGGACGCCCACCUCGGAUGCGGAACGUCGCCGUGUACGCCGAGGCUGCCGCUCUCCCUCUCCAACUACGAGCCACCCAACACCUGCUGAACCAGCUCACCAGACUGAACAGGACAACAACCGGAAGGGCGCUACUGCAGCGUCUAAGGGACCGACAACGGAGCCGUUUUUCAUGUACACUUUUCACGCAGGACCAGCUGUUCCAGCCCAUCCCACCAGUUCCCAGUCCAGAUGCUCCAUGGAGGCUCCUCGGGACCGCCAUCCGGACAACACUGCCAGGCCUGCCGCGGAAAAAGGACGUUCCGGAUGCGGUGGCACAGUUCCUGGCCGCCGAGCGCCUUCAUGAGAGCUACCAGGACUACCUGCACGUGUACACGGACGCCUCAGUCGACCCUGGACGACGCGCCUGCUCCCUGGCCUGCCACAUCCCAGCAACACAGUUCUCCUGGACCGAAGGAUUGUCCGGACUCCUCUCCUCCACGGAUGCAGAACUCCUCGCGAUCACGGAAGCCCUGGACAUCAUCGCCAAGACGAGCGCCACCAAAGCGGUUAUCCUCACGGACUCCCGCGGGGCUCUGUCGAGGCUAGACAACCGAGUUUCUCCAAGUGUACUCGUCGGCAUCGAACGAAGACUUCAGAGAACUCCAGCAUCAUACCUCCUUCGAGGAUUAGAGAUUAAGUACAGGACACUUGCUCCAAAUCAAUCUCAAGUGAUUUUCGAUGACCUUUACAGUGAACGAGUUCCCUCAAAGCUGACAGUAUUGAUGGUUAGAAGUGAAGCCUACCAGGGUAACAGACAAAGGAAUCCAUUUAAACUUGAAAAUUUCAAGCUUGAGAGAGCUGUGCUUGACGUUGGUGGACAACAGUACACAGAUGACUUUGACUUUCAACGAUCGAUCUACUCUAAAGGAUAUAUGAAUUUGCUUCACAAGCUGAAGCGGAAAGACAUACCUCUAGCUCUGGCUGCAUAUGAGAAAGAAACGUUUAUGCUCUACUACCAUCUCACUCCAGAUGUGGAAGUGCAGUCACUGAGUCCAGUGGUACAAGCCAAUGUUCGUCUCACCCUAACAUUUGGUGGAAAUCUUACAGAGGCUGUUACAGUUCUCUUUGUUUCAGAAACACCUCGUGUGCUAGAAAUCAACAAAGACAGACGAGUCAAAUUCGUAUAG